AUGGUUUUGCUUUACACUUUUGCUCUUGUUCUUUAUUCAUGUGUAGCUGCAUAUUACUAUAAUAAAGUCAAUCCAUGGACAACAGAUUACAAUUAUGUUGACUAUAUGAGUCGAUCAGCUGAUGGUCAAGAAAUCUCAGAUGACACUGUUGAUGUUGAAGACGAGACAUCGAUAGAAUCAGGACGAACUUAUUUAUCAUCACUUGCAAAUAAUAAAUGGUUUCAAGCAGCAUCUUAUGGUUUCCAAUUUGCAAUGGAUGCAAUUGAUAAGAUACCGCAAUAA